AUUGGGUGAAUCCGCAUCACGUGACCGUCCUUCUAGAGGACUUUCCGCGACAGCUGAGAAGCAGCUAAAUGCGUUUUUUCACCUGUAACACUGAGCCUUUUCAACUCCGGCGAGUCCAAGUUUCUUAAAAUGGGAGACAAGAAGAGCCCCACAAGGCCAAAGCGACAACCCAAGCCCUGCUCCGACGAUGGGUACUGGGACUGUAGCGUCUGCACGUUCAGGAACAGCGCUGAGGCGUUCAAGUGCUUGAUGUGUGAUGUUAGGAAGGGGACUUCAACUCGAAAACCACGGCCUGUUUCUCAGCUGGUUGCACAGCAAGUAAACCAGCAGUUUGCACCACCCACACACCCCAAAAAGGAGAAGAAAGAAAAAUCAGAGAAAGACAAGAGUGAUAAAGAACCAACACUGAAAAAGAAAAGCCAUAAAAAGUUGAGGCCCAGAUUAAAAAACAUAGACAGGAGCAGUGCCCAGCACCUAGAGGUCACGGUUGGAGACUUGACUGUAAUAAUCACAGACUUUAAAGAGAAAGCCAAACCCAUUUCCACAUCAACAAGUGCUGCCUCAGCAGACCAACACAGUCAAAGUGGCUCAAGCUCUGAUAACACUGAACGAGGGGUCUCCAGAUGCUCUUCGCCCCACGGGGAAGGCUCGUCGGUUAACGGGGAAACUCACUAACCUUCACACUUCACACUUACAGUCUGCACAACCUGUUCUUCUGCACUCUCAACAGCCUCAACCAGAGAUCAAACUUCAACAUGCACGUUUUUUUUUGUUUUUUUUAAAUAAUACUAUAAAUGCCAAUAUGAUAGCAUCCUCUUCCACUUGGGGUUGUAUUGUCCACUGCCUUCCAAUGAUGGUAAAGAAUUCAGGAGUCAAGAUGUAUGCUGUACGCUCAAUUCAAAGAACUGUCGCAGCAAGAUCCAUCACGAUGAACUGAAAAGAGGAAUUAGCAUUAAAACCUGGAUGUCAGUGGAACUGUGCCAUGCGUUGUGGUGACUUUUGUUUUAACCACUCAGUGUCACAACUCAGUUGGUCAUUGCCGCACAGAAUAAAUGAUACGUUAUGAAAGAAAAUACGAAGAUGACAUCUCAGAAUUGUAGUCUGUCCUUGAGUUUUGUUAUCAUUGUUUGCACUUAAUGGCAUCCUAUGUUCUGGUUCAUGAUAACAUUUUGUUUUUAGCAUUAUUUCCACUUUGCCAUUAUCAGUAAAUCAUAACACUGUCAGCCACUGGCCUUUAUCCAGCUCUCAUUUUAUACUGUCUAACAUUUGAGUAAAAAUAUUGAAUAAUUAUUCUAACUAUGCUUCUCUUCUAGAAUGGUUUAUAUUGUAAAAUAAUGUUAAAUAAAAUAAGUUGUAGAUACUGA